AUGGCGGAAGGAGGAGCGGCUGAUCUGGAUACCCAGAGAGGAGAGGUCGCGGCACUAUUGAAAACACAGCUAAGAAAGGGAGACACCUGGUAAGACAUGAGCUGAAACCUUUUCAAAGGUGCUGCCUGGCCGUCGGCUGGUUCUGCCGAGGCUGUCAGCGCUAAGGAGGAUAGGAAAGCCGAGGUGACGGGGCCGUGUUGACAGUUAGCUCGGAGCUAGCUAACGAAGCCUGUCAGCUUCAUGUGGGUCAGCUGGGCUGGGUAGAAACGGAUAGCAAGUCAGCUGUCAGUGAAGAACAGCAUUUCCUGACUUAAUAUGCUACAUUCCGGUUAUUACGAGCGCCUCCUCUAAAUGAACAGCUCUCCUUUUGAGCUGAUGUGUCAGUGAGGUUUUCUCACGGAUCUGGUUAGCUGGCUAACAGCUCGGUGGCUAACUUACCGAGGUUCCCAAAGCCAGUCUGCGGGUUCAUCCGCCGUCCUCUGCAGGGCGGAGUCGGAAAAGAAGCACCUGUCAGAAUCACAGAGCCAGCUGGCCAAGUAUUCAGCAACCUGAACUCAAGAGCUGCUGUAACAACCAUCAAUCUGAGUCAUAUUAGCUUCUGACAGUCAGAUUAGCUCAGAGUACUGUACAGAUAGGUAACCUUUACACUCACCUGCCUCAGCCUGCGGUGUUAUUACCCUGUACCAAUGACUUAAACUCUUAGAGUCACACCUCGAAGUAACCCCAAUCCACACUGGUCAGCUGUGCCUCGUUCUGCUUUAGUUGGUCUGAAAUAACUUGAGUUUCUUGACUCCUCUGCAGGUAUCUGGUGGACAGUCACUGGUUCAAACAGUGGAAGAAAUAUGUGGGAUAUGAUAGCUGGGACAAAUACCAGAUGGGGGACCAGAAUGUCUACCCAGGACCAGUUGAUAACUCUGGUCUCCUCAGAGGUAAGGCUGAUGAUUAAGGCUGGGACGAGAAGCUUUUCCCCCGAUUUGAUCCUUCUAAGAUUUGUUUGGAUGCCGAUUUGAUUUAAAUCGUGAUUAUAUUAUAUUGUCGAUUUUCUUUAGUCUUCAUUUUUAACACAAGUGAAACAGCUGAAUGAUUAUGUCUACUGGCUAUUCCAGAAACCAUAUUUCCCCCCAAAAUACACAUCAUGUUAGUCAAAAAAUCGAUUCUUGAACACAAAAAUCGAUUUAAAAAUUGUAAAACCAAAAAUUCCCGAUACUUUUGUGAAUUGAUUUUUCCUCCCACCCUUACUGAUGAUACUUCACCUCCUUGGAAGUUCAGUCGAUGUAUUAAAGACCAUGUUUAGACACCUGGUCAGUGAAGCUUUAUCAUUCUGGAAGUCGAAACAAAGGGGUCAGAGGAAAGAUGAACAAAAGCAGUGCUAUUGUGCGACUCCACAGCGGAGCUCUUUGAAGGGUUCAUGGAAAGCUCUCCAGCAUACCUUUUUCUCUGUGUUGCGUGAGACUGUCGCUCUCCCCUCUGCUUGUUUCUCAUCCUUUCUUUUACCCUCUACGUGCCUCUAGAUGGGGAUGUGCUGGCCAUCAAGGAGCACCUCAUCGAUGAGCUUGACUACAUACUGGUCCCAACAGAGGGCUGGAAUAAGCUUGUCAGCUGGUAUGGAUUGACAGACGGUCAGGAGCCAAUCGCACGCAAGGUAAGACUUGACAGGACUACGAGUGGAUUUAGAGAAAAGAGAGUGGUCUGCUCAAUAGCAUCAUCAAAACCAGCCAAAGGUGGCCUGUUGUUGUUUUGUUGUCGUUGUUGUUGUUGUUGGCAGCCAUGCUGAGAAGUAGCUUGUUAGUAGUUUAAGUUUGCAGUGUGGUUUGGCUGAAAAGGAAGAAUGUGGACUAAUAUAACCAUUGGACUUCAGGAACACGGUUCAGUGCAAAGAUAAACUUGAGUUCUUCAAGUGUUGCUCAGCUUGAAAGAGUAAAUUUAACAGUUUGAAAUAAUAUUGCAAAAGACAGCUAGAUGAUGUCAAGUUUUUGAGUGAGACAAAGUUGUUUUUCAUUCAUUUUCUUUGGUAAAUCAUGAUUUCUGUCCAGAUCUAUGUAAAUCAUUCUCACACACACAUUUUGGUGAAGUGAAGCUAAUCUCUAUUAGGUCUGAGUAGACUGUGGAAUGCUUUUUUUGUUAUGAUGGUAGCUGUGAUUUAGGAGAACCAACGGUAUCUGAUCUUUACUUCAAAUCUCGCCAGUCAUGGCAUCAUGGCUGCUAGAAGAGGCUCUUCUAUCAUUCUCUCUCUAGUUCUUUCUGCCCCCCUUCAAAUGACCCUCCCAUUUUCCCAUGUAUGUCGCGGCACAUAUCAGGUGGCUGCAGGGUUUCUAUUUUCAGGCAACGUGCUGGAUGACUGAAAAGCUACAUGGAGCGAUCUGCGAGACACAACAUGCAGGAGGUUCAUUAAUAGCUUUUUUUUCUUCUUUUGAACCUUGUUUUUGUCCUGUUGGUUGAAAGCCCAGAAAAGAGGAUUUAAGAGGAUUGUGGUCACAGGUUUGGUGCUAUGUUUCCUUCGGUUGUCCUCUCCUGGUGCGAUUGCCAACAGCAGCGGAGAGUCUCUGCUUGUCCUUGUUUUUUGAAGUGGAGGAAUGCCGGCUGAGGUCACACUGAGUGAAGCAGCGUAGGAGCUCCUGAGAGGAGUGCGAGAGGCACAACCAGUAUGGGAGGAGGAAGAGGAAAGGGGGGGGGUGGGUGUGGUAUAUGGUAUUGGCUCGGCUCUGAUUUGAGAAAUUCUGUCAGAGUAUGGCGAGUCAGACUUUUGCUCUGAGUUUACAAACACAUGAGUAGAAGUAGGGUUCAACCACCAUGGUAUCUGGCAACAAGGUAGGGAAGGGUCGGUGGAAUAAUCCAAGCCGUGUUUGCGUGCAUGUCUGUUGAAGUUCUGGAGGAGAUUUGUGGAGUUGGUACGGUGUGUGUAUGUAGCUGUGUGUGUUUCAGAGGGGCUCAGCUGUGAAAUAAAUAGGCUAGGACCCCUCAGCUGUUUCCACGAGGUGCUGCUAAUUUAGGCUCCUCACUCUGACUCCGCUCCUAUCAGAACACCGCAUGAGUGGCACAGCCAGCAGUUUGCACUUUGUUCUCAAUGAGAAACAGACGCCAGCACAUUCCCUAAACUUACCUAACUCUUUACCGUGUGUGAAAUUGUCAAAUAACCAGAACGAUGCCAGGUUGAAAGUCAACACAAUGGGCUGUGAUAAUGUCAAGCUAACUCAUGCAGACUCGGUGAACAACACUCUGAUUUAAGUGCUCUGAUUUCAGUUAACAGUUAUUUCUGGCUGUAAAAGCCGAACGGUAUCAGGACUAGCUCAAGGCUGUGUUGUCAUCUGACAUAGUGACAGCAGAGAUUAACUUUGGUUUUGACCACUGAGAGUCUUGUGUUUGGGAUUAGCAUGUUCUCGUUGCUACAUGAUGUUUCACGCCUCAACUUGGUCCAGUGAGCUAACCCAGGUCAGAUAUGACUCAAAGUAAAUACGAGAGCAAAGAAAAGCAAAACCCCUGAGUGGUGAGGUGUUUCUGAACGAGAAACUGAAACCCAAAGUUGUUUUCAGUGCGUGAGUUAGUAUGUGUGAGAGUGAGAUUAGAUAGUGUGGCACAGCAGCCUUUGCUAUCAGUGUAUAAAAGUGGUUUGAAUGGUAUGAAUGUGACCUGCAGUGUUAAGAAAACUGAGUGGUCAGAAAACUACAAAGGUAACAUGGACACUGUGUGUGUGCAGUCUGACGACCAGAAGAUCUGCUUCAUUAAAGCUGAAAAUAUAUCUACACAGUGUGACAGAAAAAUUACAAUGUAUGGUAACUAUGUUCAAAGUGCAUCAAACAAAAAUUAUAUGAGCUGUACCAGAUGUUUUUUACAACCUGCUUCUAUUGAUCACAAAAUAGAUACCAAAGCAUCUUUGUCACCAUGAAGUUGGCUCAGGUAAUCUGAGAGUAGACAAGAGACAUUUUGAGUUUUAUUUAACAGAAUCAGGUUAGUGUGAAAGUGUAGCUGUUAUAUCCAGACCUUCAUCCAACGCUUGACUUUAAAAAGUAUUGAGUCAGACACGUUGCUUGUUUACAUUUUUCUUGCGUUUUUAUCUGUCGCUAUAAAGACUUUUGCGAAGGUUGUGUCAAGAAUACUCGUAUCAUGAUUCUGAUAAAUUUCGAAUGAGUUGUGCAACACCAGUCAGAUUGACUGUUGUGUAUUUGAGCUCAUAAUUUGUGUGUGUUUUUAUGUCUGUGUUUGCAAAUUCGCUGUGUAUUUGAUGGGGUUUCCUGUGCUUUCUUUCCAGGUAGUGGAACAGGGAAUGUUCGUGAAGCACUGCAAGGUGGAGGUGUACCUGACGGAGCUGAAGCUCUGUGAAGACAGCAACAUGGACAAUGUGAUCACCAGACGCUUCAGUAAAGCAGACACAAUAGGUACAACUGAACCACUGCUGAGCUAGAGUUUGAAUUGCUCAUUAUUAAGUGACCUCCAUGGAGUUCAUGUUGGAUUUGAAUCUGGUUAGACUCGAUAAGCUCGCUAUGUGGAUUACAAAUAAUCCUCACUUACUUGUAAAUUCAUCCUGUUGCUUUGAAAACUUGAGUCAGAAGUCAUUGAAAAAAAGAUUUAUGAUGAUCAUCUUUGUAACAUGCUGAGAAUUUGUACUCCCUAGUACGCUCACACACUGUUCCCUUUUUCCACUCCAUCAACAGUGGCUGCACAGUGAGCAGUCAUCCUAUAAGGUUAUCAUGUCAUUCUUAAGUAGAUGGGUCAUGUGCAAACAAUUGUGACUAUGAUCUUGUCAUGACUUGUAACUUUAGCUGUACCAACCAAUAAUCUCCCACAGCAGUAAGAAGGUUUUUAUAGUAAACUCUGUAACCAUGAGUCGCCAUCUUUUGCAGGUGGCUGACGUAAUUAUAAAUUUAGUUAUCCGUUCUUUUUCUUUGCUCAAGCAAUUAUGAUUCAAUAUUUUCUUCCUGCGUUCAGUAAACAAGUGUAGGUAAACUUUUCGCAGUUUUUACAGUUAGUUUUUAAACAACAGCUGUUCUUGGUUGUAUUUGAAGUUUUUAAAUGAUCAAGUUAGUUACUCUGAGAUUUUUUAACUGCACUGUAGAGCAAUAAAAGAUUCAUAGUAAAGAUAAGAAAAAAAUAAUAAUACAGGGAUAAAUCAGUAUAUAGGUAAUCCCCUGAUGAAGGAUCUGUUUUAUUGAGGAGCAAUGAUAGGUGGACUUAAUAUUUCUGUUUCUCUGCAGACAUGAUAGAAAAGGACAUGAGGAAGCUGUUCAGCAUCCCAGAUGAGAAGGAGACCAGAUUGUGGAACAGAUACAUGAGCAACACCUUUGAGCCUCUUAACAAACCGGACAGCACCAUUCAAGACGCUGGCCUCUACCAAGGACAGGUAUGACCUGUGUCAUGUAACCAGAAAUUGUCACGAUGUGUGAACCGCUGGAGGAGCUCGGCAGAGUUCUUUUCCUCGAUGCGAUCAAAAAUAUGGAAGUAUUUGACUAAAUCGACUGAGAAAUGUCCAAAUAUGGCUUGCUAUGCAGACAGGUGUUAUCCCUGAGCUUGGGGAAAUAUACUCUGGUUUCAACGUACGUCUCAAAUAUGUGCCGUCUGCAAAUCAGCCCUGUUCUUCCACAGUAGAGUGGUGCUGCAAAGAACCAUAUCCCCUGUUUUGGGUCAUGUUGUAUCCAACAGGUCAACAUGACCUGCAGAGGGCAGUCUAACGCAUUUCUUGCCGCUUUCAAAAACAUCUGGUAAUUUGAACAUGACCUUUUUUUAAAUUUGAACUUUUUAAUCUUUGAAACUACUGGGUGAUUUUCCUGUAAUGCUGAAGAAAACUGAAAACGUCCCUGUGUCUGCUACCUCGGGAGGUACACCACCUCCUCUUGUAAGCCGCUUAAACUGUGCAAGUAUGUCCUGGCAUCCACUUGGCAGUCGAUUAGAGCAGACACGGUCUCUUUGCAAUCCCAGUUUGAUUUCUGCACCUGCCCACAAUGAGCCUCUAGGCUUCAGAUCGCAGCACUGUCUCUUUCACCAGCAGCUGUUCCAGAGGAUUGUUGAGCCUCGGAUAAAUCCCUGCUAAGUGAAACAGUGGAUGAGAUCCAUCCCGCUCCCCUGACUUUUCACACUAAAUAUACACAGUCCCACUAGUGCUUGAAGUAACAAAUAUUGAAGCUAUAGUAGGAGUUGGCAACGGAAGAUCUCCAGAGCAGAUCACUCCCAUAAUGUUUAAAGAAAACAUAAAUAUAUAUGUACCCCUUUCGUCCUGAAUUCCCAAAUGUCAUUUUUUUCUUAGGCUUUUUGCCUUUAUUAGAUUAGACUGCUUGUGAGGAACAGAGAAGAUGGGAAGAGAGGGAAUGACAUGCACCAAGUCUCUCUCUCUUUUUACUCUAGAAAUCUCAGGAAAUAAAUCAAGCAUUUACGACAAAGCUGAUCAACCAUUUAUGUGGGGUGAAAAUACUUCUAAUAAUCUACGACCUUGCACGAAUUAAACAAAAAUUGAUGCAACUAAUCAAAGCAAUGUUAAUUUUAGUUAUCUACAAGACAGGAUAAGAACAAUUUAAGUGAGUCGUGUAGACAUGGGAAUAUGGAGUCAUUUCUAGCAGUCAGAUUCUGGUCUAAAAUCCUCUCUUGUUCACCCCUCCUGUUAGAGAGGUAAGAGCGGCCUACAAGAAUGAGACAUUCCUGGAUACAUGAUAAUUAGGAUCCUUGAUUUGUCUGGCUUUUUCUUCUCAGUACAAAUUCUGUCACACACAACAACAAUCGCUUUUUUCUUCUUUGUUGUCUUCUGUCUGGUACAUGUCUGGCUGCCAUCCAUUUAAUACAGAAAGACAUAUGACCCUCUAGUUUGUCUGUUCUUUGAUACAGUAGAAACAUGAUGGUGCAGGAGGAUGACCUAUGUAGAUAUAAGAGGCUCAUUAUAAGUUAAUAGGAAUCAAAUGUUUUUUUAUAUUUAGGCUGGAAUACGCUGAUUUGACGUGAAUGCUCUAUUCAUGUGCUUCAUAUUUCUGCUUAGUCUGUUUCCACCUAAAUAACGGACACUAUACCAUUAAACUCCUAAGAAAGAGCUGCGUCUCUCUUGUCUCUCUGUUGUUUUGCAGGUUCUUGUAAUAGAGCAGAAAAAUGAGGAUGGCUCAUGGCCCCGUGGCUCCACAGCACCAAAGUAAGUGAAGGCACAUCACCUGGCCUGUAUUGGUUUAUUGAAUGUAGUUACAGUUAAAGAAAGUUGACAGGAAGCAGACAGCACAUUGGCAGAGUAUUGCUAAAGACUCUUUUGCUUGGUCCCCAAGGUGUCACACUUCCAGUAUUUCUUGUUUAGACAGAGAAGCCUGGAGCAUACUGAAUCCCUCCGUUAUUGAAAUUACAGAUUUUAAACUCUGCAAUAGUUCGAGUUACACAGUUUUCCUGCUAUGUCACUACAGCACCUCAUCAUCUUCAAAAAUCCCCUCUCUCUGUGACUUUGCCUCAGACUACCUCUUUUGCUUGACCUUUUGUUGCUGACAUAUUCCUCCGUUUGAUUUAAUUCAUCUCAGUUUGAUUUAAUUGACACUUCCCGCACCGUUCUUGAACAGCACCUUAUUCUUCUCUACUCUAACUCAUGAUCUAUUCUUUAUCUUUUGAAGGUCAUCUGGUGCUUCCAAUCUCUCUGCUUUGCCAAAGAUCUCGCCUUCAUCUCUCACAAACAAUCAUAACAGCAGCUUCAACAGCAGGAAGUAAGGCUUAGUAGUGGGCUAAGUAGUUGAGGGGUGGGUGUGGAUGCCAACAGCCAGAGAUGGACUCUAGAGAAUUGCUUAGUGCAAACUACCUCAGGUCACAUUGGCUCGUAAAUGUACAGUUGGCUGAAGGAAGUUGGAAGAAACACAUUUAACUUAAUUUCAGCUUCUGGAAAAAUCAACACAAUCAGUCAUAAUGAAUGAAAAACCCUCGGUUUAAAGUUGAUCGAUCUUUGUUUUCUACAGAUCUAUCUGUGGCUGUGGUUCGGGGCUUAAAGCUAUCUCAUGAUGAUGCAGUUUCAGCUGGAAGAGCUGAUGGCAGGGAGGGGGAAGGGACUUAGCAGGGAUUGAUCUCUUUGAGAAAUUUCCUCAGCGACAGCAGUAUUCUCCAUAAAUGGCCCGCCGGGGCCUCUGGGUACCUUAGUCAGCCUUUGUUAUCAUUUCACUUCUGAUUUUCUACCUGGCCAAUUGACAUUUUUGAAUAAGGCUGUGUGCUUAUUAAUUUUUCCCUGACUCUUUUACUCGAACAGUCCCACAAGAACAAUAUGUAGCAGUCUUAUUUUCUUAUAAAGAAAAAUCCUCAAAGUGAAAAUCUUCACGUCAUUUUUAACAUUUCUAAACAGUUUCAAUGGUACUAUCUGAUAAAAUGUAGUGUUGUCAACUCAGCAUUGAACAAUGGCCAUUUAUUUCUGAUAUGUAGAGCCAAAAGGAAGCAUAUGCAAUUGUGAUUCAAUUCCAAUUGCUAUGAUACAUGGAUCCAAUACUAUAUGUCGAUACAAUACGAUCGAUAGGAUACAGUCGUUAAAAACAAUACGAUACGAUGGAUAUGAUACAAUGCGAUACAGUUGAUACAGUACGCUCAAUAUGAUACGAUCAAUACAAUACAAUACAACUGAUAUAAAACAAUAUGAUACGAUCCAAUACAUCUCUUAGGAUUAAUAAAUGUAAAAAAUCAAUGAAAGUAAUAAAAAUUGAAUAAGGCAAAUUUAAGACUUCUGGGCCUGUGAGGAUGAUUCAGAAAACAGGAGCAGCUGUUUACAGGGAGUGUUAAAGGUUAAAGGUACAGUGUGCGAUAUUUCACAGCUUUUAGCAGAACAGAUUUGGUAGAAAUGGAGCAUACAGUUUUUAAUCACCUGAGGUGAAAAAAGAAAAAAAUUGGAUCGCUUUGCUGACAGAAAGGGUGAGUAAGGGAGUGUUUCAAUCGAGAAACUGGACACUAGAUAUAGCAAAAUACUGUAAUUUCUACACACUGUACCUUUAAGUGAGAUGGUUCUUUUUCAAGGUGGAAAGUUGACUUUUGUAAUUGUAUCCUCCAGGCAUUUGAAAAGGACUUUGGUUGAUCAUGUCAGGUUAUUGAUGAAACAGAAGUGCGGUGACACAGAUACCGGGGUUUCCUCUGUGGAGGUUUCACGGCUCUCUGAUUUCAGUUUGAAGAAAUGUUUCCAUUUGCUAAACGUUUCAUCCAAAACAAGGAUUUCAGUACAGUCGGUCUCUGCCAGAGAUCAUGUUGAAACCUGCUGCAUUCAUCACUAAACAGGUAAAGCAACAUGAGGCUUUUAUUGAGAAGUAAAAGAUAAGGAAUGAUAUUGCCAAUCUUCCUCUUCAUCAAGCAGUUUCUGAUGCUUUGUCAAAUUUACCAUCUUUUCACAAAGAUGGGAGAGUUUUAGGUUUUGUUUCAAUUUGCAAACAAAUCUUAGUCUAUAUAGAAUCCUCCCUAUGCGAAACUGAAAUACUGCCCUCUGAUUGUCAACGUUUGAUUUCUAUUCUCUUAAAAGGCAAAUUCAGUUUUAGGUGAAGCGUUGCUGCUAAAGAUGUGGUACCCAGCGGCUCCAUCAGGCCUCUCUCUGAAAGGAGAGCACUGCUAAACUGUGGGUGGAGCUUUUGCCUCUGCUUUCCAGAAGACUUUACUGUCCCCUCCUUCCAGCUUCCGUGUGUGUGUGUGUGUGUGUGAUUUACUGCAUGCUGGAGUCUGUCCUGUGUGUUUGUUUCUUAGAUGUAGUUACUCUGCCUUGCUUUUUUUCCAAAUGCUUUUGUAAUGCAGAAGUAAUGGCCACAAGGCUGACCACCCUGAAAAAUCAAUAUUGACAAGAGGAGGGUGUUGAAGUAAACUGAGGUGAUCUUCCUACACUGAAAAGAGAAACUCAAGUGUUUUUCCUGCCUACUGCACUGUGGACAUGUAUUGAGGAGUACACUUGAAUAUUAUCAUUUGACUUUUUGUUCUUGAUAGCAGGAACAAAGCACAGAGUGGGUGACUUAAGGAAAUUGGAUCUCCACUCCCAGCAGCUCUCCAUUCCUUGAUUCACUGUGGUGCCAGCGCUGUCAUUUUCUCUGAAUAAUGCAUGGGGGCCUCUUUUUUUCAUAUGAAAUGUUCCUGCAUUACAUAAUACUUGUCUUUCUGAAUUUGUGGUUUCUGGCUUGGUGGAUUUUGUGUUGAUAGCAAUGCUGUAUAACAGCAGCAAGUGUCACUGUCCCACCAGGCAGUGUCCCCUGAUUCUGGCAUCUCUCUCUCUCUCUCUCUCUCUUUGUCUCUUUACCUCUCCUCUACCCUGAGCUCAUCGCGAUGCACACGUUCUGCAGUCUAAGUGACCUUCAGAGUACAUUUCAUCUCCUCUUGCUCCUCUCAUCACCUCACUCCAUGCAACACUCACCAGCCCCUGCCAUGAAACCAGCCCGCACUUUAGGUUAUUCAACCAGACCUUCCCCUUUAAAAGCUCAGAGGAGAACAGGCAUUGCAUAUUAAAAAGGACAAAAGUGGGAGUGUCAGAAGUGUGUGCCUCACUGAGGAGGGGGUGGGGGGGGGGGGCAUUUAUCAAGGAGAGAGGAUACGAUGAGAAUGGAAACUUGUGUGUUAGUGUUUGGAGAUGAGUUAGAGGGCACCAUCAUGUGUGGAGAAGUGUAAGAAAAGGGGAUAAAUGGUGUGUGUUGGCAUGAGUGAACGUGUUAAUGUGUGUCUAUAUCUGUGGAAGAGAGACAGGGGGGAGAGAGAUAUCUAGAGAUAGUCAGGCCCAUGAAUACUGCAGCCUCAGCUGGAUGCAGUGGAUCAGCUGCUCCCUCCAUCCCCAUCUCAUUUCUCUUCUGUCAGACCCCCCCCUUCCCCCUUGUACUGUCCGCCCCUCCCCCCUUGUUCUCUCUACCUCUACCUCCUCCCCUUCCUCUCUCUCUCUCUCACUCUCUCUCUGUGCACCUCUAGCUUGGAUAGCAGUAGUCUUGAGCAUCCUCUCUGCUGCUGAUGCUGCUAUAAAUAUCUGCUGGUAGCCGUAGAGCGGCAGUGAGCAGCAGGCAGGCCAGAGGGAGGAGCAGAAGACCAGAGGACAGGACAGGACAGGACAGGACAGGACAGGGGGAAGGGAUCUAAAGCGGACAGGAUAACAAGAUGACAGGCGGACAAGCUCGAAAAAGAAGAAGAGGGAGUAAAAGAAGAGGGGAGCUGCUUAGUUCGCUCUAAGAAAUAGAAAGGUGUUUGUUUUUCUGUCUUUGUGCCUCCUGGAGUUUGGUCUGUGGCCUACGCUGGAAUUGAAAGUCAGAUCGAGGCCUUAACUUGGUUGGGACUUCAUCCACACUGGUUCUGGAGCUGCACUGGGUUGAGCUGAGGUAACAGAAAGACCUGGAGCUGGACUUCCCCUCCUGGUCUCUACAAACCAGACUUUGCACCCGCCUGACCUGAACUGAUCCCAGUCUGCCCUUCUGGUCGUCCUGUUUCCUGUGGACAUGUGGGCAUGGGCCAGGGUGGGGCUGAGAUGUCAUGCUCUUGUGUUGCUGGUGGUGCCUGAGGUCUGAGGCGGUGGAGCUGGACAGCAGGAGGGUGGACCACCGAGUGCUGAACUGCGAGGCUACCGCCUCCACCACCACCAUCACAGCUGUUUCCCUUGACCAGUGGGAGCCUGAAACAACCAAUACUCCUCUCGAGCCCUCUCAGAGGUCUGCUGAUCGCUGUCGUUCACUUAACCUGAAGCCACCUCUGAGUGUUUGGGCUACAUUUGAAAGUUUGAUCUUUUGAAAGGUUUUGAAGUUUUCAAUUGGGGUUUGUUUACUUUGACGGAAUAGGAAAUGAAGGAGACGCUGUGUGUUUGCCUGGUGCAAAGUGGAGUCUGUUGUGGAAUAGAUUCAAAACAUAAUCUUUGUAAAAACUAAAAUAGACGUAGCAGUGUUUUGUUUCUGUCUUCUGUAGGACUUUUGUGAUCUUUUCUUUGCAAACCUUACUGACCUGUUAUUCAUUGUUCCGUUUUUCUUGUUUAUUACCCCAGUGUGAAGAAUUCAAGCUAUAGUCUGCCGUCCUACCACCCUUACAGCAACAGCUAUGACUACUCGGACCAGAGCAGGCAGAGUGAGCGCUCAGGCCUCUGUGGACUUUCCAACCUGGGCAACACCUGUUUCAUGAACUCUGCAGUGCAGGUAAAAGCAUGCCUUCAAGAAGCACACUCUGUAAAAGUAUGAAAAGUUUGAUUUGAGAGCUCAGAGGAAUUUGGGAAAAUGGCUCCAAAAAGUGCAUGUGUCUAUAAAGAAAAAUCGACAAUCACCGCAGGGAAGAGUCUAAAUCCAGCCUCUGCUGAUGUGUUCCCUCUCCUCUGCAUGUUCGCCCCUCCUCAGUGUUUAAGUAAUAUCCCUCCAUUGACGGACUACUUCCUCAAAGACAAGUACACAGACGAGCUGAAUGAGGACAACCCGCUGGGCAUGAAGGGGGAGAUUGCAAGAGCCUACGCCGAGCUUAUCAAGCAGCUGUGGUCGGGCAAAUACAGCUACGUCACUCCAAGGCCUUUCAAGGUAACUACCUGAUAAAACUUCAGCAGGAAGUACUUUUAAACAGUUGUGUGUAUCAAGUUUUACAUAAAUAAGGCAUUGUUUAUAGCGUUUGGAUAGAGAAGGUUGAAAUCAGUGCAACAACUCGCAGAGAGUGUUAUCUUUCAAAGACGAGCAAACGGUUGAAGAUGUCUUUGGAUUGUAAACGGUGAUAUCUUUACAGCUGAGAAAUGGAAACAAGUAAAAGGGAAAGUCACAGUUUAAGAGGAUUAUAAGAUAGCACACAAGCCUGCUUAAGAUUCUGAAAUGUCUAAAGAUUUAACAGUUUCAGUGCUUUUCUCUGAAUGUCAGUAGUUUGGAUGGAAGACUGCAUCUAACUGUAGGAAGUAAAUCUUAAAGUGUUUGGAGUUAAAGUAAAAUGAUUAAAACGGUAUUAGAGAGAGAACCAGGGGUUGUAAACAUUUUAUAGGGAUGGACGAGUGUCACUUUAAUGGUUUAUAAUAUUUGGCACAAAGUUAUGUUUUUUACGACUGAUGUUGUGUCAUUUUUGAACUUUUUUUUUCCCAUCUCCAGACACAGGUGGGUCGCUUCGCCCCCCAGUUUUCGGGCUACCAACAGCAGGACUCUCACGAGCUGCUGGCCUUUCUCCUGGAUGGUCUCCAUGAGGACCUGAAUCGCAUAAGGAAGAAGCCCUACAUCCAAUUGAAGGAUGCCAAUGGCAGGCCUGAUAAGGUGAGCGAUAAGGAGAUGAGAUGAGAGAAGAAAAACACAUCUGUGGAGCUUGCCAAACAUAUUCUGAAUAUUUGGUCCAUCCCAAUAAAGAUUGAAGUGUCUUAAACAUCUGUAGAUUAUUUUUUGUGAGGGAUUCCCCCCCUCCUCCUCAAAUGCAGCGUUGUUUACUUAAAUACAAACAAAGACUUGGUGAAUUUGUCUGAACUUGACUUCUUUUUUACCUCUUUCCCGCUUUUGUUCUUCUCAGGUGGUGGCAGAGGAGGCCUGGGAGAACCACAUCAAGAGAAAUGACUCUAUCAUUGUCGACAUCUUCCAUGGCCUUUUUAAGUCCACCCUGGUGUGUCCUGUGUGCUCCAAGGUGUCAGUGACCUUUGACCCUUUCUGCUACCUGACCCUCCCUUUACCCAUGAAGAAGGAGCGGACACUGGAGGUCUAUCUGGUCCGCCUGGACGCUUUAGCCAAACCCACACAGGUAAUGUGCACACUGAAGUAUACAAACCCAGUCAUGAAGAAUCCAUGCAAUGGCAGUGGUUUAACAGGGAUGUGUUUGCGUUUCAGUAUAAGCUGACAGUGCCAAAGGUGGGCUACAUCUCUGACCUGUGUACCUCCCUCUCCAACCUGUCGGGGGUGCCUGCUGAGAAGGUAGAAACAUCCCAGUCAGCUCUGCUCUGUGCAAUAUCACACGAUAAUGCUGACAUCUCCUCACACACAGCACGGACAGAAAUAGCUUUUUCCCCCCUUUGAAACUGUCCCUGUGCACACAGCUCCAGCAGCUAGGUGAAAAACGUGUUAUACUUUUUAGAUGAAAAGAGCCAUAAAAUCUUUGUAAGAGCAUAAAACAGACACACUGACGAAUCCAUUCAAAGCUGCUUAUGAAAUAAAGCAGUAAAAAAAAUCUCCUUCACACUGAGACACUUGGUUUACUAAUUAACCGCAGGGUGGAUUUGAAAUCUAAGAGUCUUCUUUCUUUUUCACUCAGAUGAUUGUAACUGACAUUUACAACCACCGUUUCCACCGGAUCUUUGCCACCAAUGAGAACCUCAGCAGCAUCAUGGAAAGAGAUGAUAUCUAUGUGUGAGUGUGGCAACAAAACGCCUAAUUGUUUCAUAUUGUGGUUUUUAGUUUUGAUAUGCUGGAUUAAAGAUGUUCCUUUUUGCUCUCUGCUAGCAUAUCAAGUCUGAGUGAAAAACUUUUCUUUCUGCAGUUUUGAGUUGGCGGUGAACAGGGUGGAGGAUACAGAUCAUGUGGUGAUCCCAGUCCACCUGAGGGAAAAGUACAAACAGUCCGGCUACAACCACACCAGCACGCCGCUGUUUGGACAGCCCUUCCUCAUAGCUGUGCCGAGAACCCUGAGUGAAGACAAACUCUACAACAUGCUGCUACUGCGCCUCUGGUGGGUCCAUACUUCCCUGUGUUUGAUCAUAAAGUCUUUAUUGAUCAUCGGCAGUAGCCUGAUGCAUGUCUGCUCUGAUUGCAGUUUAAUAAUUGAUCUUAUUUGAAGCCACUAGGGCAGGCGACCGGGAAGUUUGAAUCAUUUAGGCUUGUUUUAAAAACCCACCAGCUGUUUGCCUUUUUCUAGAUGAAAUGUUGAUCUAAAUUGUUGAUCUGCUACGUGUUUGCAGCCGGUUUGUGCGAUCUUCAGUAGAAGAGGAGGAGGAAGACUGUGAAGAGACGCAGCCAACCAAACAGCACACUGUCAAUGGUAACGCCACUAACGGACUGUUGGAGGAGGGAUCACCAAGUGAGUGGCAUAUCUUCCAGAUGAGUAAUUUAAAGCCACUGUUCUCUAAAAAGUUACUUGACAGCCUGUUCGGUCCUCCCUCAGGUGAGAUGGAGACAGAUGAGCAGGAUGAUGAGUCCAGCCAGGAUCAGGAGCUGCCCUCAGAAAACGAAAACAGCCAAUCAGAGGACUCCGUUGGCGGGGACAAUGAGCUGGAGAACGGCGUGGUUGGUCCACAGAACUCCACUAAAAGCCAGCAGACGGCGGGGCACAACAGAAAGAGACUUUUUACAUUCCAGUUCAAUAACAUGGGAAAAACGGACUUCUCCCUCAUCAAGGAGGACACUAGGCAAAUCCGCUUCGAUGAGGGACACCUCCGACUCAGUGGUAGGGACCGGAGUGAACCAGGAAAUGAAAUACUUCCUCAAUAAUAUCUCUGAAACUGAAAGUGCAUCUUCUUGGGACUCAGAAACACAUAUCCAAUCACUGACCCUAUUUUUUUUUGUUAUAGCUUAUCAUUCACAUUUUUGAUCUGCUGAUAUCUUAUUCUAUCUUUAACAGACUAAAUUUUAUCUAAGACAGAGCACUGAAAAGUACACAGGAAAUAUCCUCUUCAGUUUUUUUUAGCACUGACAUCAAUGCAUCCAUCUCACUUCAUGUCAGACUGAAUUGAAAUGAUCGCAGAUUAGAGACAGUUUUACAUUUGUGCACUCACAGUUUUUCACCUUUUCCAGACCGCUCUUAUCUCUCCUUGGAUUGGGAACCAGAGAUCAAGAAGAAGUACUUUGACGAGACUGUUGUUGAGGUAAAGGCGACUUCAGGUCUUGCAGAUGUUUACUGAAUUAAUGCGGCAGAGCAGCUGGUGCGCAUCCUGGCAUGCAUACUGUUACCAUCAUGUUGCAAAAUAUUGCAAUGUGACCCUGACAGGCGUAGUCCCAAACCAUAAUAUCACUGAUUAGAUUAAAAGUGGGUACUGCAUCCUUAAAGACGAUGUUCCACAGAAAGAUGUGUUGUAAGUGAAUAUUUACCAGCUGCUUCAUUGUGUCUUUUAAAUUAACUUUACAAAGGACCUAAUGAGAUCGGCUGCCCUGAAAUGACAGUUUUCAUUCAAUAAAGGCUCCCCACUAAAAUGAAAGUAAAGCACUGUCCUAAAGUGGGCUUAAGACGCUGCUCUUUAACUUUUAUCUUGAAGAAAAGCUGAAUUUUAGUCCAUUUAAUAAUGAGAAGGUCACUUUAAUGUCAAAUGUUUUCACAGUUGUUCUUGGAGGGAAAGCGAUUUGGGUAUACGUCCAGCAACAUAACAAAGAAGUGUAUCUUAACAGCUGUUUAUGUGCUUGUUAUGCAGGAUUUUGACAAACAUGAGAGCAUGGAGUACAAGCCUCAGAAGAAGGCUUUCUUCAAGCUGAAGGACUGCAUCGAGCUGUUCACCACCAAGGAAAAACUGGGCGCAGAGGACCCAUGGUGAGACACGAAGCAUGCAGUCAGAACAUUCAUGUUACAUGCGUGUGGCCACUCCAGCUCUAUACAGCUUUAUACUGAAGCAUGUACGCACUUUUUAUCUUACAGGUAUUGUCCAAACUGUAAGCAGCACCAGCAGGCCACAAAGAAGCUGGACCUAUGGUCACUGCCGCCAGUGCUGGUGGUCCACCUAAAACGCUUCUCCUACAGCCGUUAUAUGAGAGAUAAACUGGACUCUCUUGUUGAUUUUCCUCUCAGGUGCGCACUUACACACAGUCCUCACACACACACACACACUAACACACACACACACACACACACACUCUGAAAAGGCAAUAAAUCACUGCAGGAGGACACUGCAUUUUCAGCAGUUAUACAUUGUUUCUGUUUAUCUGUACCUUUUUACUUAUCCACAUUAGGAAUAUGCAAACCUGCAGUGUACUGCACACAAGGCAGAUAAACAUGUACUCUUAAGCUAAUUUAACAUUUUUAUAGUUUCCUGCUUAACGACAGUUUAGCAGUUUAGACUUUUCUGCCUUCAUCUGUGUGCCAACUAUUCAAAUAAGUUGCUCUUUUAUGGUUUGGCUUUAUAAACUUCACAAUGGUUCAGGUGUUCGAUAUUUAAUACUCUUGCAUUACUCUGGUGAUGAGCAUUUAAUUCUAGACAACACAACAAACAACAAGCUAUUUACAUUUGAACAUGGAACACUGCUUAUACACACUGAGUUUUCUGUGUCGCUUAAAGUGAAGGAACUGUGUCGUGUUUGUCUUUGAGGCUGUUUGAUUCAAACCUGUAAAUGCUCUCUCUAAUGGUUCUUGCUGAGACACGUAAUGACUCAGUCUAUUGUAUGAUGUGUUUCCUACAGAGAUCUGGACAUGUCUGAGUUCCUGAUCAACCCCAACGCUGGGCCAUGUCGCUAUGACCUCAUAGCUGUGUCCAACCACUACGGAGGAAUGGGUGGAGGCCACUGUAAGAUUCACCACACGACAUAGAGCGGUUUUAAGGCUUUGAGCCUUUUUUAUAAUUGUUAAACACCAACUAUAAAAAAGUUGGUGUGCUGUGUAAAAUGUUGACAAAAACAGAUACCGUUGGUUUGCGUAUCAUAUAAACACUAUAUUUAAUCAUAAAUGAUGCAAAGGCGAUAGAUCGAAUGUCAAAACUGAAACAUUUUAUUGCUUGUGUUGGGACAGAGACAAAUAUUCCCAAAAAAGUUGUGUAAUGCUACAAAAAAACGACCUUGAGGAAUAUCUAAGGCUGGCGGAUAAACCGAAAAUUUACCCAUGCCAAAGUUUACGACAAUAACCAACAUAAUUUUGCCCAUAUUGGUACAUUCUGUGUCAAAAAAAUAAAUGAAUAAAAGUUGGUUUUGGAUGUGUGUAGGUAGGCUAUGGUCUCAUGACCCUUUUACGAUGCUGUCCUACGUCAGAAAUGUGACUCCACUCCAUUCAGUCCAUAACAAAAAGUGAAAGACAGGUGAUUAGAUGUAGGACGGUUCAAAAGUUGUAGCGGCUGGAGCGGUGGCUGAAGUAGACAAAGUUAAUGUGGGAGGGGGUGAGCAGCUUGUGGAGUAGUUAUCAUCCAUGCAUUGUUAUCGAGGUGAACUGCUCAAUAUAUCGUGAUAUUGAUUUGAGGCCAUAUUGCCCAGCCCUAGGAAUGUCUCAAUGUCUGGAUACAAAGAGGAGAUUCCAGAGAGGCUGAACCCCUCAACAGUAAAUAUGUGAAUAGUAUCAACUCUCCGUGAGAAACUAAGUAAGCAAAUACUUUCUGGAUAAUGUUCCACAGCAUAAAAUUCCAAUUAAUUUGGGGAUACCAUCAUCAUCUACCGUACAAAAUGUCAUUUAGAGUUUCAGAGAAUUUGACGAAACCUCUGUACAGAAAGGACAAGGCCUAUGCUUGUUUAAGAUGGACUGAGUCAAUGUGGAAAAUGUCCCUGUGGUACCAAAACCUAAAGGUCCAUUUGAAAAUCAAAGCCACCUGACUUGUUAUCAGCACACAGUUCAGGUGUUAGCAUCUGUGAUGGCAUUGGUAGCUUGCCAAACAAUAAAUACAGGUUUUGGACCAACAUAAGCUGCUUUCCAGACAAGGGGAGAUCCUGCAUAUUUCAGCAAGAGGAUGUCAAAUUACACUUUCAGUAUAUACAGCAGUCUGCCUCUGCAUUAGAGGAGAUUAUCCACUGGAACCAUUUGGUUUAUCAGGAAACAAAAAAUGAAGCAAAAGAGGCGCUGAACCAUCGAGUGGCUGAAAUCUUGUGUCAGGCAAGAUGACACUUCUCCUUUUAAAACUACAGAACCGGUUCUCAUCGGUUCCCAAAGGGAUACAGAUUGUUGUCAGAAGACGGGGCAUAACCGAUCAGAAAACAUGCUCCAACUCCUCUGAAACCUGCAGCUGGCACAAAAUUUAAGAUGAGCAUAUACUUUAUAGUUGCAUUUCUUUUUCUGUUUUUCCUUUUUACACCGUAAUAAUUCAACUUUCAAAACCAGCCAUCUUUUAUUGUAGCUCUGUGUAUCCUUUUACAACAAUCAGCAUAACAGAGAGACAAGCUGUGCAACUGUGUGAUUCAAAUGCUCGGAGCGCAGUGAUUGCAGCAGCUAACAAGCUGUAUGCUAACAUCCGUGACAGGUGUUUGAUGGUCCUCAUCAAACAGAGCUUUGUCUCACUCUGAAGCUCACCACAGGCGCUUCAGCGGGGGUUUGCUGCAUUUUGCAUUGUCAUUCUGUUAUAAGUGCUGCCAAACAUAUGCUUGUAGUAAUGUUCAGAGUUUGGAGUAUGUUGUCUCCAAUAAGAGUGGACGUAUUAAUGAAGUGACUCUUUCAGGUGCACAGAUGUUACGCUGGUAUCCUUAUUAGACACCAGAUUGUGUGUGGGAGUGUGUUCACAUCCUUCUUUUACUACUAAUAGUCGGCUCUGCGUUGGUGUCCUUCUAAAAUUCUUGUCAAGAGAAUGUAAAUGAAAACUCAAGAGUUUAAAACAGUACACAGGACUUUUUUGUUAAUUGGUGUUUGAUUAACCAUAUUGGUGGAGCAGAGCACCUGUAUUAUACCAUAAUCUUGUCUAAUCUGUUAAUCUCCCUCACAGAUACUGCGUACGCCAAGAACAAGGAUGAUGGAAAGUGGUACAACUUUGAUGACAGUAGUGUCUCUCCCGCCAGCGAAGAUCAAAUAGUGGUGAGUGUCCUCUUUUGCAAAGUCUGAAAUUUUGUAAUUUUUUAAUUUUUUUAAGCAGUCUGAACUCAGAAACAAGUCAGUGGUUAAAGCCAGAAAGCUCACAUUCAGACAGUGUUGUUGCUGUUUUGAGUACAGAGAAGGUUUGUAAAGGCUUUAUCACCUCAACACCUACUCAUGGCUUCACUUGACAUGGACAAAAAAAUGAAAUAGUGUUGUUAGGUUCUUCGAGUAGAGUCCCAGCUGAUGCACCUUCUGCUGUUGAGAAAAUGUGUUAAGAGUCAUUGAAGAAAACCACGAGAAAUGCAGAAUAUGGGAUUGAAUAAGCACAGCUGACACAUUCACCUCAGUAGUGAUUUGUGUACUUCAGAAACCUCUGCAAAAAAUCGUCACUGUUAUGUUUCAGUUUUUAUGAUGGAACCAUAGAUUGUAUAUAGAAUGGUCUGCCUCCUCGCUGGGUGAAGUCACUCCAAGAACAGCACCCUCUGGUGAUGGGCUGCAGUAUAGGUCAUAAAUCCCUCCUCUUCCAGCAAUCCCUAUGGAGCUGUGGACAAACUUAAGACAUUUAUUACACAGAAUAUAAAAAAUUCUCCCCCCUGCUUGUGGUGUUGACAUGUAGUUACAGUAAGUCUGGUUUGUGCUCAAGUCCUCUUUUUCUGUACAGCUCCAUUUUUAAGAGUUAUUAGGAAAUUAGGAAAUGGAGGAAAAUCGCAUAGAAAAUACAGAGAGCUUUUCGGCUUCAAAUCCGUAUACUGGCGGAAGGCGGAACCAAGUUGUCCAUAGUAUGUACAGUCUAUGCUUGGAACUGAAAUCAACUGUGUGUGUUUUUAUGAAGUUUUUUUCAAAGCUCCUGUGAAGAACUUUCAGUUUAAAUCGAUUCUAGUGCCCCCUUGUGGACAGAGCAGCCUUUGAUCAUCUUAAAAAACGUCUCAGCCUGCUGACUCCUGAUGGUCAAAUUUAUUGUGAAUAUUUUCUGUGUAAAUUCUGAAAACAGCUGUUUCUCCAGCUGCUAAGCUAAUGCUUACUCUCCCGUGCCGCUUGAAGGCAUUAAAGAUUACAACUUAAAAAUCACCAGUCUUGUCACUGAUGUUCUUGUUUGCUUUUAAAUAUCAUAAAAAGGCAUGCAUAUGCUAUGUUCGAGUUGCCUCAGAAGUCAGAAGUCCGAACUGAAAAUGAAGUCACACCUGAGUUACCAGGGAUUCAGUUAAAGUUGGAAAAAAGCAAAGUUGGAGUCGGAAACAAGAUGGCUACAUGUACAAAAGUUAUUUUGUAGUUUCAGGCCUCUGAUUUUGCUUUUUUCUGAAGUGGUAUCUGAAAUGCUGGGAACUCUGGUGUGACGUCAUUUUCAGCUCAGACGUCUGACUUCCGAGGUAACUCGAACGCAGCAAUAUACUUGAGUAAAUUUGCUCAUUUUUGUCUUUCUUUUAGUCCAAAGCAGGCUAUGUGCUGUUCUAUCAGCGUCAGGAUACAGUGAAAGGCACCGGCUACUUCGCUUUGGACCGCGAGGAAGAAGAGGAGGAGGAGGAAGAGGACGAGGGAGAGGAGGAGGAGAAUGACGCCGAAGAGAGGCAGGAAAGAAAGGCCGCCUCCUCCUCUCAGGGGGCCACCUCUGCCGCCGGUGCCGCAGCUCAGAGCGACGAGGAGGACCUGAACGAGAACCGGCGCAGGAAGAAUGACAACGAGCAGGAAGAGGAAGAGGAAGAGGAGGAGGAAGAAGAGGAGGAGGAAGAGGAGGAGGAGCAGGCGCCAAAUCGAGACGUCACUAUGAAAACCAACUAA